AAAAAGUAUCUUAGGUAAGCUUACUUAUAUUAUCUGACCGAGUUAAAAGUUUCUAGAAUGUUGAAGCAGCCCGGAGGUAGACCCACAAAGUCUGGUAGAGGACCUCACAAAACAGCAGCAGGGAGACUACCUGUCAAAUGUUUGUCAGACUUUUUCCCCCGCCACAAAUUUGAACUUGUUUCUGUGAGCAAACCGAGUGAUAACACUUCAGGCAAGGAAUUUAAUGUCAGUCUUACCCUGCCCUCCAAAAACAAUAUAGAGUUCAGUGGUAAAGGAAGGUUGGAGAAGUUGGCUAAAAACGUGGCCGCUACUGCAGCGUUGAAAUUUUUCGAAAUCCCAGGCAGUGAAAAAAUGAUAAGGUACACUCUGCCAUCAGAUACUCAGAGGGAUUUGCAGGUGGAGGGUAUUUCUGAUGUGGUGGGUUAUGUUAUCAGAAUAUUCGGGCCAGGAGUUAAGUUCACUGAGCCAGUCCAGAUCCAUGUGAAUAAGACACCUUUAUGGAAAGCAUCUGUUGCAGUGCAAGGAUACAACUUUGAGGAAUUUGCGUCCAGUAAGAAAAAAGCAAAGGAAGCAGUCGCCAUAACCUGCAUCAAGACACUCAAAAACAGGGAUGUAAAUAUUGUUGUGCCAACCUUGAAGGCUGCGACUUUUGAAGACAGUUUAAUGGAACUAAUGUACAAAACUUUGAAAGAGAAAACUCACGGUCUUCCCAAAUCUUUACUCCGGUUUCGAAACAUGGCUGGUAUUUAUCUUCAUGACACAAAACACGCAGAAGUCAAGCGAUCUGGGCUAAUAGCUGUUGCAACUGGAGGUGAUACAAUUAACAGUGAUGGCUUGAUCUCCACUGGAACCGUGUUACAUGACUGUAACGCUGAGAUUCUUGCUUUGAGAGCCUUCAAAUUGGCCCUCUACAAUCAGAUAAACAAUUUGAUAGUCCAUGAUACACAUAGUUCAAACGAGUUGUUUGUUGAGAAGGAUGUGGAGUCAGGUUUGUUUAAGUUGAAAGAUAACUACAGAGUUAUGAUGAUACUGAACCAUCCUCCAUCUGGUGACGCGCUGGUUUUCAACUCAUUACCAAAACGUGCUAACAUCAAACAUAUCUUGAACUGCCAGCAAGAUAAACCUGGUGCACUGCAAUAUGCGAUACCUAUUAUUAAGUCUGGCCAACCCAAAGGGCUCAAGUUUGUCUGUGAUACUCACUUUCAGGUAGACACUGGGCGCUAUAAACCUGCAUUUGUUAGUCCCGCAGACAAGUUAACAUUGCGUAAUAUUGUGGGUAUUCAGGGAGGCCUUCUGUCUCAGCUGAUGUUACCAGUGUUUGUUACCAAAUAUGUUCUGCAAAAAACAGUGGCGGUUUGUCAGGAUGUGCUAAAGCGCUCGUUCUAUGAGCGCAUUGAGCAGCACCUCAUUGACAUUCCGCCUCCCUUUCAAGUGAAUAAUCCCGAGUUUGUAACCGCCUCCAGCAAACUUCCUGUUGAUAAAAUGUAUGGGAAAUUCGCAGGUUGGGUUGACUGUCAAAACACUGAAAACAGUUGGGAGGUCAUCAAGCUUCCGGAAGGCAAAGCGCUUAGUCAAAUUCCAAGGCUCUCUAUGCAAAACAGUUCUGAAAGUGAUAUAGACUUCUUUAAGAGAAAAUUGGAAGUUGCUAAGGAAAUUGAGAGAUUGCUGGUACCCAGUAUGCUGUGCAAAAGUAGGUUUUUCGAAAAAUUUAAUGCUGCUUUGAAAGGUCUUGGUAAAGACAUUCCAUUGUCUUACUGUGUUGGUAAAGUUAAUGCAGCUACAUACCAAAUUGCUAAGUUGAAAGUUAAGCAAGCCUUUGCUGAUGCUGGGUUAGGAAACUGGCCCUUAAAACCUGCUGAUACAGGCAAUUUAAAUAGUCUAACUUCUGAAUAAUAAGUACAUAUAAUCAAAGCUAAGACUUAAAUUGAUCAACCACUUUUUUGCUGAAUCGCUGUCGGAA